AUGGGAAAUUCAAUCAAAUUUAUGACAAUCACGUUGUUGAUGUUGUCAAGUGUGGUUAUUCGAGUGCAGUCAGCGGAUAAAAUGACAAAUAAAGUGCUCGAUGGCAAAACGUUCGGAUUGAGUAGAAAUUUUGACAUUUGGAGUGAUAAACAGGAAAAAGGCGGAUUCUUCGAGGAACAAAAAAACACAAAAGAAGUAAUACGUGAUGAUUUACUCAGCAUUUCAUCUCAAGCGUUAUCAUCGUCGAACAUGACAUCCGGGCGAAAGUCAAAAGUUUUGAACAUUUUGGCGUCGCCGAAUGAGGAUGAGUGUAUCUCCAAUGAUGGAUUGCAUACGGGCGUUUGUCUAAAUGUCUACGAGUGUCGUUUGCAAGGCGGCAAAUCGAAAGGCGAUUGUGCUCUUGGAUUUGGCGUUUGCUGCGUAUUUAUCGCAACGUGUGAUGACGAGAUUAGAAACAAUAUCACAUAUUUCAUGUCACCGAAAUUCCCGGCUCUGUUGCCAAAGGACAUUACAUCGUGCGCUCUCAAAAUUAUGCCUAUUCAUCCGGAUAUUAGUCAAAUACGAUUGGAUUUUGUGCACUUUGCGUUGGGACAACCAAAUCGAAAAACGGGAGUUUGUGACGGAGAUGUUAUGCAUUUUGGAGGCGGAGUAUUGGAAAAAUUUAUUUUGUGCGGGCAAAAUACAGGACAACACGUUUAUUUGGAUGUCAAUCCAAAGUCCCGUGACGGAGGUAUUAUUGAAGUGUUUAUGAACUUUACAUCGAGAUCCUUCAAUUCUCGCCUAUGGGAAAUUCGUGUUACACAAGUACCAUUUAGUCAACGUGCUCCAAGCGGUUGUUUGCAAUAUUUCACUGAACCCGAAGGCAUCUUACAAACAUUCAAUUUUGCUGAAAAUGGUCGUCAUUUGGCAAGUCAAAAUUAUCGCGCUUGUUUUAGACAAAAUUUAGGAAUGUGUUCGAUCGCAUAUGAGCCAUGUAACGAUCAAAGUUUCCGCAUUGGACCUGGAAUAAGCAAUUCAAAUGGUUUAAACGACGCUGUUGGCGCCGGAGCUGCGGGAAAUCUCCCUUCAGCAGGAGGAAUUCAAGCUUCAAUUGCUGAUGAGCCUGCGGUUCUUGCGGGAGACUUACAAGCGCUCGGAAGCGAAGACAAUCCUGAUAUUCUUGAUCAAGCAGAUCCCGCAGAUAAUGUUAUCGCAACAGAUGAAAAUGACAUUGAAGGAUCCGGAGGAGGAGAAAUCGCAGCUGAUACUGCAGGCGGAGGAUUUCUCGAUACAUUCCGUGAAAUGUUCUUUUCCUUCAGAAGUAUGAGAAGCAACAAAUAUGGCAAAAUGAGAGCGAUGUCAGAUGCGAGACAACUUUAUUCGACAUGCACGGAUCGGAUAACGAUGCCUUGUAUUAUUGAAGAUUUCAUUGGCGUUGGAAUGGGCGAUGUACCUACUUGUGUUCCUGUUCAUUGCGGAUCAUCUUUAUGCCCGCCGGGCGUUUCUCCUUGCAGAUUGGAAAGUUCUGUGACGCCCUUUAGACUUGGAAUUGUGUUUGGAGAUGGCGCGGGGAAAGGAAGUCCCGAAGAUAAUAUAGGCGCUUGUCUAAAAUUUUCACAAGUUGCGUGUUAA